UUUAUUAUUAUUUUUUCCUUGAAAAUUUACAAAAUUCUGUUAAGCUCGUUCACGCAUAUCCUCCAGGAGUUUCCAAGGCUACGCUUAAUCAAUAUGAUGCCAUUCUCAGUUCCCUUUUGUUAUGACCCGCGUUAUUUUCUUCAUCCCUCGUGAUGCCGACGAACAGUCCGAAUUGGCCGUCAAGUUGGUCUCCGCCUUCGAAAAUCACAUCGAGUCUUGUUUUGAUUGAAUUAACAACGGACAAUCAGGUCGAGUUGGAGUGCACAAGCAAUGAAUUCGUCUUCCUGGAGUACCCCUGGGCGUAUGUAGCACGGGCGAUUCUCCUAAAAAUCUCCCAGGAUGCCACGUCCACCCUUGAAACAUACAAAUCACAGAUUGAAGCUUAUAAACCUGAGAUGAUGCUGCUGGGAUACGCUUCGAAGGAGCUCUGCUCCACGCACUACGUCCUCUGCCUGACGGAAGAGGUGCGAGACGCGAUGGUGAGCCGAAACCGUCAGAUAACCCGAAGUAUCCACGACAGGGUCACCAGGAUGCUGAGAAAAACACCACUGGGAGUCAUUCCCAGCAGUCCUCUAGCACCAGUGGAUGAUACGGUCCUCAAAACGAGAAGAUCCCUCUUCGAGGUAGAAAUCAGCCGCAAGUCCUCACCACCAGGACCCCGUGACCUGUCCGACAGGAGCAGCGAAGCCACGAGAGACGGUUACCUAGACAUUCUUCUGCCCCCAACCUCGCAAUUCUCAAACGUCCGGAUGAAACUUGUCACCAAAUCCCUGCAGACGAAUCUCCAACCAACCCCUAGGAGUGUUCAAACGUACAUUGGCUACCCGAAGACCAAGUGGACUCAAUACGACAACAGACCAGCUGUUGAGAGUCAACAACCCCACCCUGAGAAAACGACAGAAGAAAGUAGUCCAGCAGGUCACUCUGAGGCAGUCACCCUGAGCGACGAGAAGCCCGUUCAAAUGGAAAGUCUAAUUUCCGUGAAUGAGAGCCUCGUCAGGCAGACAGAGUCCCUGAGGAACUUCAUCGAGGCAAAUCUCUCAGUUGUCACAGACUGCAUUCGCUACAACUCGGAGAUAAAUAUGCACUCCGACGACAUCGAGAACCUAGCCAAAUGCGCUAUCCCGGAAGCGUCAACAGUGAUUGAUUACAAUCUUGGUGAGGUGAUCUCCCUCGUGGAUCUCGGCGCCACCAAGGGCACGGUCAUUUCCGAUGUAGCUUGGCACCCGAGUCGUGUAGAAUAUGUCGCUAUAUGUUACAUCGAAGCUGGCAGGUGUCUUGAUUUCUCCGAUCACUUGCCCAAUCACAUUUCCACAGCAGCAGCAGCUCCUGGGAAUGACGCGAGUGUUCUCCUAUGGUCGAUUGACGAACCCCUGAAACCCAAGCUGUGGCUGGUGGACUACAAGGAGAUCCGGGUAAUGUCUUUCUGUCCUUCGAAGGAUUCCGUGCUUGUGGGAGGAACGAAGACCGGUCAAAUUGUGAUUUGGGAUUUGGAGAAGAGUUUCGAGGCCAUCGAUUCUGGUGAAGAACUGAGUGAUAACGACUGCCGAAGACUGCAGGCGUGUGCCUCGUCGGAUCCCGGGGAAUCUCAUCUUCUACAGAUUCGGGCAAUCCACUGGCUGCCGACCUCCUGUCGGCUGGAGCCUACGGGGAAGUUCAGUAAGAUUCCUGACAACAUGAGUAUGCAGUUUAUGACAGCUUCUGAGGACGGCACUGUUGCCUUUUGGGAUCUACUCUGGCAGCCGAACAUGACAGCAGUUGCCAAAAAUCUUCUCAAUAUCGUCGCUGCCAAGAUGUCAUUGACCGAGGGCCUGGAGAGGCUGGAUAACGUAUUUCGACCGCACUAUCGGCUGAAUGUUGUUGCAUCUAAGGAGACAUCCACCCUGACAGUUCUGGAUAUCUGUCCGGCAUCGGGUGAAGCAUAUGAUGAGAUUCAGACCGACGCCAUUGAUCCUGACGCUAAUGAAUCGGCGCGGAGACUCUGGGCUAGCACCACCCAGGGGGAGCUCUUACUGUGCACCUGGCGUGGACAGGAAUUCGAUGAGAUUUGUCACGAGAAUGUGGAGAUCACUGGCCAUUCUGCUCUCAUUCAUGACGGUCCUAUUGUCAAAAUCGUUCGAUCUCAUCACGUAAGUGACAUCCUGCUGACGAUCGGCGGGAGUGUAUUUGCCCUGUGGAAGGACGACUUUCUGAAAAAACCGCUUCUUUGGAGGAAAGGCAAUUGUCUGUACACCAGCUGCUGCUGGUGCCACAGACCCGGUGUCUUCUGCGUAGCUAGGAAAGACGGAGACCUUGAAACGUGGGACAUAUGCCGGAAGACUCGAGAACCGGUUCACGUGCAGACUAUUUCUGGCAAGUUGAUAACGGGAUUGCACAGGCGGUUUGAUGGGUUCGUCGGAGUUUGCGAUUACAGUGGGGCUUUCAGGGUGUUUAAGCAAGGAGGAGGGCCGGAGUUUGAGAGGAUUGAGUGGCUGAGGCAGUUUGUCGAUCGCGAGGUGGAGAGGAAUCGGGAGUUUUGCGUCUGGCAGGAGGAAUAUCUUGAGAGCAAUGAAGUAGCAGUUGGAAGGAAGGAGGCCAGGGCUGCAGAGGAGGUGAGACGACGGCACGAAGAGGCCAGGGAGAAGUUCCUGAGGGAACAGGAGGAGGUAAUCAGGAUGAAGGCUGAACGACGAGCCCUCAAGAUACCCAAAUCCAAGGAGACUAUUCUCAGAAUGGAGAAUAUUGAACGGAUGAAGAUCGUUUUGCUGGGGAAGAAGGGCUUUGACCCCCGGAAACUUGAGGAGGCGAGAUCGCCGAUGGUUCAGCAACAGGAAGAGAAGGUCAUCAGGAUGAUCAAGGCGAGGGAGAAGGUUGCCAAUAGAGAUGCUUAUUUCACGCAAGCAUUGGCUGUCGACUUUCCGGAUGCUCGCGGGAACGUCCUAAAAGCAGAAGAUGAAGAGACUGGGGGUGAUGAUAUUGAGAGUUUCAAAGAGGAUGAAGAAGCCUACGCCAGGGUGAGAAGGGAAGCCCGGGAGAUGAUCAGGGCGGGUCUGCAGAUCCCGAGGUUCGAUUGGAAUGCCGUGAUGAGGGACAGCCGGCGGAUCAGAAGCGCAAAGGAUCGGGUUGAGGAUCAUUAAGGCAUCGGGGGCUCGUCAUGUGGGCGGUGAUUUGCGGAGGAAUUUUAUGUGGAGAUGGUGCAGUGCCAGACUGGAAAUAAUAAAUAGCAAUAUCACAAGCAGACUUAUAUUACUUGGAAAGACUACCGAUUAAGGAGUUAUUACCGAUAUCUUCUUAUUUCACAAGUUUUUUACAAACUUCUGAGAAACGGUUAUUAAAAUUGACGGGAGGAAUGCACCGUUUCUGAGUUUUAUUAUUAUUCAAUAUCUAAUGAAGUUUCAUUACUGUAGAAGAAUGUUAAAAUUCACAAAACUUUACCAAAGAUUUCGAAAAUAGACCUGCGAUCAUGAAAAUUUGUGAGUCAUUCAAUAAUGAAAAACGUAUAAACGAUAUAUUUUUCGCGUCAAUCUGAUCCAUGAUUUUCCACAAAUUUACAAAAAACAUGAAAAAUCAGAAAAUAUCGGCAAUAAUUC